AUGACCGAUUUGGAGCAAUUUGAUGGACUUGGCUUAUCUACUUAUCUCAUAAGAAAGUUGCAAAAGAAGUGUAUUUUUACCAGAUAUGAAUUGCUCAUUACAAGUAAUGCGGAAUUAAUGGAAAUUACGGGUCUUACGGAAGCCGCCAUAUUGGAAUUAAAGGAAAAACUUGGGAAAGACUUCCUCCACCUUCAGCAAAGUAAUGUGAAUAAUUGGAAAACGUAUACCAAAAUUCACAACACCGGUAUAGAAAAGUUAGACAUUCUGUUGGCUAAAAUACCGUUGAAAACUGGCAGCAUUUGGGAAAUAUGCGGCAAGUCAGGCGUGGGGAAAACUCAAUUGUGUCAUACAAUUGCUCUCAAUUUUGCGGCACAAACUCAAGGCACAGUUUUAUACAUAGAUACAAAAUGCGACUUUUCUGGUACGCGCAUCAUGGAAAUGUUACGCUGCCGUGAUGUACCCAAUAAUAUUUGCGGGCGUAUAAUGCAAGAUAUCUUAGUUGAGCGCACAGGCACUGCCGAGGGUUUGUGCGACUUACUGGAAAACCUUGAUUUGCAAUUGAAUGCAGGUGCUGAUGCUGACGGCGGUAAUAUAAAAUUGGUUAUUAUCGAUGCAUUACCGGCUGUGUUUUUUAAAUAUCGCAGCGAAUUGGACCAUCUUAAAGGAAAAUAUUUGCUGGCAAAACUAAACAAUUUAGUUUACCAAUUAUCUAAAGAGCACCAUAUUGCUUUCGUCUACGUUAAUUUGUUAGUCAACAUUGAGGAAGAACAACAAAUAACUGAAGAUUUAGGCAAGUAUUAA